AUGGAUGCAGGCGACCAAUGGUUGCUUAGCAUCUUGCAAGGCAUUGCCUCCCCACAGCUACUUCAAUUCAUCCACGACCACGUGCUACAUCCAGACGCCCCCUUCCAGAUUGUCAAGCGCAAGAUCAUAGCAGCCGUCCAGAGCAGCACCGAGAUCAUGUAUCCCCUGCUGCAGCCCUUCAUCGACCGCCUGACGGUGGCGCUGUACAACUCUCCAGACAUAGUCAUUGUGGGCUUCGCCCUCGUCGUACUCGUCCUGACCAUCCAGGUGCUCAGCUGGAUCCGGCGCGUGUCCAUGUGGGCGGCCGGCGUGGCCUUCCGGCUGAUGUUCUACGCGGUCGUGGUGGGCGUGGCGGCGGCGGUGUGGCAGCGCGGCCUCGAGAACAGCGUCAAGGAUGUCGUGGUGCUCUGCAGCAAGGCGGCGGGCUUUGCGGUCGCGCUGAAAGACUUCUGGCUGCAGGAAUACAAGAAGUAUGACGUCCAGCAGCAGAGGGCGGCGGGCGCUGGACGAGCUGGCGCAGCGCGAGGACGAGGACGAUGA